AUGCAGGACAGAUGUCGCUUCUGGCGAGCUGACCAGGAAUCGGACACCUUCGUGAACACAGAGGUCAAUGGCAAAACUGAGCAGCCACCAUCUGUAACAAACAUCACUGGGGUACAGGAGCCUGCAGCAAGACCUCAGUCUUUGCCUCCAGAACAAGAUGCAGUCAAAGGGACCUCAAAGUUCACUAGGAACUCAAAUAAACCAGAAGAUUUCCAGGUUCGAAUCCGGAUUAUCGAAGGCCGGCAUCUCCAAGGUCUCAAUAUCAGACCUGUUGUGAAGGUGUACGUAGGAGACUCGACUUUUCGAACCAGAAUCAGACGUGGGAACAAUCCGGUCUUUGAUGAGAUUUUCUUUCAGAAUUUUCAUAAAACACCUUCUGAAGUCUUCAAUACUUCUAUACACAUUCAGGUGUUAAAUUCGCAUUCACUUCGAUCUGAUUCCAUGAUUGGUGUUUUCAAACUGGACAUUGGCUCCAUCUAUGAUUUUCCAGGUCAUGCAGUGUUACGGAAGUGGCUUCUGCUGUACGAAGUUGAUGGUGCACAUUCCAUGUCCAAAGGUUACCUGAAAGUCAGCAUCAUUGUCUUGGCAGCAGGCGAUGAAGCACCGAUUGACAAGAAAGGGACAAAUGAAGACGAUGACGUGGAAAGUAAUCUGCUGCAGCCAGCUAGUGUCCUGUCCCGCUGGGUCACGUUCAUUGUCAAGAUCUACAGAGCUGAAGACCUUUCACACAAUGAAGAUUCAGGAGGGUUCCUUCCAGCUUUUGGACCAUGCUUUUUAAACCUUUAUGGCAGCCCCAGGGAAGGUCUUGAUGGUACAGAUAAGGAUGAUGAAUUCAACCGUGGAAAGGAGGAAGGAGUCUCCUACCGAGGUCGAAUUUUGAUAGAAUUAAUAACAAGGAUAGAAGAACAUUCAGGAAACAAAAUCGAUAAAUUGCCUUCUGACGAUUCUUUGAUUGUUCAGAGGUACUUACGUAGGCGGAGGUACAGUCUUUGCGUCGUUUUCUACUCAGCCACACAACUGCAAGACACCAAGGAACCAAUCCAGUUUGAGGUCAGCAUGGGGAAUUACGGAAAUAGGUUUGACAAGUCUUGUAAACUUCACGCAUCCACCACUCAGUACAGCCAGCCUGUGUUUGAUGGUAACUACUACUAUUACCUCCUUUGGUGUGACACAAAACCUGUGGCUGCACUGACAUCAUACUGGGAAAAUAUUGACCACAGGCUCAAUAGAUUAAAUAGUUUGCUUAAAAUUGUAGAUAAACUGAAAGCCAGUUUGGAGGACAUCAAACAAACUAUGCCAUCUGAAGGAGCUCGACUCACGGGGAUGUGGAUGAAGAUGCUUGACCGUGUGGUGAAAGAUUGCUGUCGGCCACUCCCGGUGUUGACAAAGCUGCCCCAUGUGACUGUUCUUGAUCGCUACCUAUAUAAUCAGCAAGUUACCACUCUUAAGAAAAUUAGGAAAUCUGCAGAGAAACUAAGGGAUCAAAAGAUUGAUGCCCAAGACAAGCUGCCUGAAGUCGAAGACUGGAUUGAGAAGCUCACAUCAGUAGCAAAGGAGCCUCAGAACAGCCUGCCUGACAUCAUAAUAUGGAUGAUGUGUGGUGAGAAACGAGUUGCUUGUGCUCGGAUCAAAGCACAGUCAGUUCUAUUUUCCAGUGACAGCAGAAAAUCUUGUGGGAAGUUUUGUGGGAAGUGGCAAACCGUGUUUCUGAAGUACCCCUUGGACAAGACUCAUGAAAUGCGGAUAACAGCUCAGCUUCGCUUAUGGAUUUGGUUGGGGUUGUCUUCGGAUGAAGAGGAGUUUGAGAAGCUCGUUGAUGGAAAAUUUACAGUUGCUGCAGAAAGAUAUGAAAAUCAAGCAAAAGUAAUGGGCCGUUGGGGCACCAGUGGAUUACUGCAACACCCAAUAUAUUCUGAUGCAAUGGGUAAAAUGAGGCUUUCAAAAAAAGAUUUCUACCCUCUGAAAGGUUGGGAGUGGGAUGGGAAGUGGACUGUUGAUCCGGAGCAAUGCUUGCUGUUUGAUCCUGAUGCUGGACAUACUGAAUUUGUGGAUGAUGUUUAUGAAAAUGAAUAUCAUUUGGCUGGAGGAGAGUGGGUUCCAGCAUUUGAACAUUACACUGAUGUAAAAGGGUACAGAUAUCUAUCAAUGGAAGACAUUGAAUGUCCCGAUGGAUGGGAAUGGAAGGAAGAAUGGAACCCAGAUCUUUCUAGGGCAGUAGAUGAAAGUGGAUGGGAGUAUGGGAGAGUUAUUCCACCAGAGAAGAUCCCAAAGAGCUGGAACCCCACUGAGAAAGCCUAUCACACACACAGACGUCGUCGGUGGACACGAAGACGCAUCAGAAAUGUCAGCUUUGCUCACGUUAAGAAAGAAGAGUUUGAUUCUGAUGGCUGGGAAUAUGCCCCUUUAUUUGGUUGGAAGUUCCACGUGAAACAGAAAAAGGGAGACACUUAUCGUCGCAGGCGUUGGAGGAGGAAGAUGAUCCCCAAGGAGCAAGUGGGUCCAGCAUCUAUUUUCAGGUUGGAGGGAUCUUUGUGUCGCAAAAAUAUUGUGGAGGAAGACGACUUUGCGAUUAAAGAGAAGCCAAAUGUGAAUCACAAUCUUUAUGGAUUGACUGCACCCUUCAUAUCAUGUCUCCUGGACUCUCCUACAGUUUUCCAGUUACGUGGCUACAUCUAUCAAGCAAGAGGCUUGCUUCCCACCGAUAGGAGCAACUUAGCAGAUCCUUAUAUCCAGAUGUCAUUCCUGUACCAGAGUAAAAUGACUGAGGUUAUCAAAGGGACAGUGAAUCCAACGUGGGACCAAACACUGAUAAUUGAAGACAUUGAAAUCUAUGGUAACUUCAAGGAAAUUGUUGAAAACCCGCCCUGCGUCAUGCUGGAAAUGUUUGACAGCAAUCAUGUGGGCAAUCAUGAGUACAUGGGUGGUACCCUGUGCUACCCAAAUGUGAAAUUAGAUGCCUCAUCACAGUAUGUUCCCUUGCUACGUUGGUAUCCGAUCUUCAAAGGAGAGAGGUUUAGCGGCGAGCUCCUAUUUUCCUGCGAGCUAUUUCUAAAGCAGAAAGAGGAGGAUCAGGACUUGCCCCCUUGGCCUCCAAGGAAGGACUCUAGGACGUAUAUGGUGCCACUAGGAAUACGACCACAGCUACAAAUGACUAUGAUUGAGAUUCUUGCGUGGGGAUUAAGAAACCUGAAAAACUACAACAUGUUGAGAGUGACAGCUCCAAGCCUAGUGGUGGAGUGCAGCGGAGAAAUGAUCCAGACUCUACCCAUUAAAAACUACAAGAAGAAUCCAAACUUUCCAACCUCAACCUUUUCUAUCACAGUGUUUCUACCUAUAGAUCCCAUCUACAGUCCUCCCAUCGUGAUAAAAGUAAUGGAUUAUCGAGCAUUUGGAUACAGACCAGUGGUGGGACAGAGUACAGUGAAAUCCCUCAGCGAGUUCAUCUGUGACCCUUAUGCUGGGUCAAACAACAAUGAAGAUGCAAUGAGUUCUACUGUAAGUUUUCAUAUUGAAACACCUAACAUUGAGAGUUCAGAUGAAGAUGGAGAGAAAUUGAAUCAGGAAGCCACAGAAGGUGUUUUGGAAGAUGACUCUAUUGAUUGGUGGUGUAAAUUUUAUGCUUCAUCUGGGAAGCAUAAUGAAUAUUCAGAUUACCUGUUACAAGGAUACGAUACCAUAAAGGUGUAUCCAUGUGCACUGGAAGAUGUGCCUCAAUUCAAAGGACUUCAAGAUUUCUGUAGCACCUUUCAACUCUACCGGGGGAAAGUAUAUGGCAGUACAGAGGAUCCAUUGGUAGUGGGAGAGUUUAAGGGUUCAUUUCGAAUUUACCCUCUUCCAGAAGACCCAAUGAAGCCUCUGCCCCCUCCCCAGUUUCGUCAAUUGCCUUCUAGUGAACCCCAAGACUGCUUGGUGAGAGUUUAUAUCAUUCGAGCUCUCAGCCUGCAACCUAAAGAUCGAAAUGCAAUGUGUGAUACCUACAUCAAGGUCUCACUUGGAAAGGUGUUAAUUGAUGAUCGAGAGCACUAUGUUCCCAAUACUCUCAACCCUGUGUUUGGCAGAAUGUUUCAACUUUAUGCCACCAUUCCAUUGAAUAAAGAUCUCAAAGUUGAAGUAUAUGACUAUGAUAUAGUCACUCAAGAUGAUAAAAUUGGUGAGACAAUAAUUGACUUGGAAAACAGAUUCCUGUCACGUUUUGGAGCACACUGUGGCCUGCCCCAAACAUACUGCACAGGUGGCCCCACUCAGUGGCGAGAUCAGGUGAAGCCAACAGAACGAUUGAUUAACCUAUGCAAAUUGAAGAACUAUGCAUUACCUGUAUUUCACAAUGGAGGGCAGAAGAUUAGUAUUGGAGAUGAGAUAUUCCUGCUGGAGGAGUUUGAGGUGAAGAAGGUUCCUUAUGCAUUCCCAGGUCCUCCAGAAGAACGCCUUGCACUGCAUGUCCUGCAACUACAGAAUCUAGUGCCUGAACAUGUGGAGACAAGGACUUUGUUCAACAGCACACAACCAGGAAUUGAGCAGGGGAAAAUACAGAUGUGGAUUGAUAUCUUUCCCAAAAACCUGGGGCCUCCUGGUCCACCCUUUAACAUCACCCCACGGUCCCCCACCAGAUACGUCCUUCGCUGUAUUGUCUGGAACACAAAUGAUGUUAUUCUGCAGGAAACCAGUGUCAUGGGAGAGAAGAUGAGUGACAUCUAUGUUAAAGGCUGGAUGAUUGGAUUGGAGGAUAACACCCAGAAAACUGAUGUCCAUUUUAGAUCUCUGGAUGGAGAGGGUAGCUUUAACUGGAGAUUCAUUUUUCCUUUUGAAUAUAUAGAAGUGGAACGAGUCCUUGUCAUCAGCAGAAAGAAUUAUAUUUGGAACUUGAAUGAGGUGGAAGUGAAAAUGCCUCCUAAACUAAUCAUCCAGCUUUGGGACAACGAUAAGUUCUCCUUUGAUGAUUAUUUAGGUUUCCUUGAACUUAACAUGAAUGCUUUCCGAAGUCCAACAAAGUGGUCAGAUCGUUGCACCUUAAGCAGGUUCUUUAAGGAAGAAGGAUCUUCGUCAGACAAUCUGCAAAAGUUGGUUUCACUGUUCAAGCAAAGACGUGUCAAGGGCUGGUGGCCAUGCAUUACGUACCAAGAAGGCAAGCCGGUUUUAACGGGUAAGGUCGAAUUGACCCUGGAACUGGUGACAGAACUUGAGGCUGAGGAGCGGCCUGCUGGCAAAGGGAGAGAAGAGCCGAACAUGAACCCCAAACUGGAACCACCAAACCGGCCAGAUACUUCGUUCUUGUGGUUCCACUCUCCCUUGAAAGGAUUAAAGUAUAUUGUCUGGCGCAAGUACAAGCGGUGGGUUGUCUGUGUAUUACUGCUGGUGGUGCCUGUUAUCUUCCUCCUAUCUAUCCUGAAUGCAAUACCUUCCACUAGAUUUCAUAGAAAAAAGUGACAAGAAGCCACUGAAGCCAGAAGGCAGCCAGUUCCAAGUUGAGCGGUUUGGCAUGGAGGGAUCAACAACCCAGAAGCAUGCUUCCAGCGUGUUACUUUCCCUUAACUACUUUUGAUGUUG